UGCUAAAUACGGAAGUACGGAGUCAUAUUAGAGAGAGAGAGCUUUUCCUAAAAUUAAACUCAAUUUACAGGUUAUUUUGCGUUUAACCAUUCCCUGCUCUCUCCAUUCUCUAAUCCCUUUCUCUCUCUAUUAUUUUCAGAGAUUUUUCUUACCGCUUUCCUUUCUGGGCCCUCUUUUUCGGUCAACCUUAAUUGGGUUAGUUUUUCUUCAUUUCAAAAUGAUCGAUAAGGAUUAGGCAAGAUUCCAAGUUUCGAAGUUAUUUCCUGAAUUUUGCAUUUAUCUUCGUGACAUGUACUUGUCUUUGUAUAGGUGUAUGUUUAUCCCUGUUAAUUUGCAUGCAUUAGGUUUUGCCGAUGAAUUAUAUUGUCUGGGUUUUGGUUAGAUUGAAUUCUUGAUGAUCAUUGAUCACUGUUUUCUGCUAAAAUCAGGGACUUUUCUGUUUUCUUCUUUUUGUUGGGAUUUAUGUAGGGGUUGCGAAUAAUUUAUUUCAGUUUCAGGCUGGGAAAUAUAACGGUGAUACUCUGGAGAUCAAUCAGUUUGUUGAUGGUAUCGAGGCUGGUUCUCCCAACCCAAUCGAGGGCAUCAUCUAAAAAAAAUUAUUUAUCAACAUGGGACAAAGGAAUACACCAUAUAGUAGUCUUGUGGUCGAUUUGGAAGCUGAUCAAGGUAGACAAAUCCAAUCUUAUGGGACCUUAACAUCUUUUCCUCAACCAAAUGUCCAUUCAGUAUUACCAGUUGCGAGUAAUGUCUAUCUGCACCCUCUGCCAGACUAUAAUGACAACAGCCCUUUGUUUUAUGGUAUGACACAGCACAAUAGAUCAGUUCAUCCGCAGCCCAUUCCAAAUCUUGACCUUGCCCUUGCUUCAUCUUCUAUUCAUCAUAAUCCUUACAUGCCUCCAACUGCUGCAACCAGAGACUUCUCAAUCCCUUUCAAUCACAGAACACAUGACCACAGUUCAUUUUCAAACAAUCCUGGCAUGGCUGGAAUUCAGACUGCUACUCAUGGAACCAUAGGCGCGUUCAAGAUAAAGAAUGUUGUGGGUUCUAGUUCUUCUGAUGUCCCACUAAUUGCAAGGGCACAUGAAUCCAAUGCUUCUUUGAUGGAUUCUUCGCCGCUUAUGCUACCUGCUGAUCAUCGUGAUUCUUCAUUGGUUGUCAAUGAUGGGUCCCACAUAAGUUUGAGGAACAUGGCUUUUGUAAAUGGUCCAGAUUCUGUAGCAGCCCAACGCAGCAAUCAUUUUGCUCAAGGAAACCAUGUGGGUUCUAUUCAGCUGAGUAAUAAUCCUUGGUCAGACAUGCGAUUCAACAGAAAUAGUUGUGAGCUUGAACCUUGGUCAUGGAAUCAAGCUGCUGUUCCUUUUCCUUACGUGCAUGGACGCGCAGUUGGUCCUACCAUUGAGGCUGGGAACACGGGAAUACAAAGUUACCAAGUAAGAGGGGGCAAUGGGAGUUUGACCAACUUUAUGCAUCCUCCCAUUCCUCUAGAAGGGCACUCAAAUGUUCAUCACCUACCGCAAGCCACGCAAGGAAUGAGAUGCCAUAAUACUAAUUUCCCUCCAUUAAUGGCAGUAUCAUCAAGCAGGCACAUUACAAAUGCACCAUCAAGCAGCAACUUGAAUUAUUUAUCUGGUUUUGUAGAGACGAGACCUACCUAUGUGGGACCCUUACAACCAGCUGGUGUUAGACUGUACAGAUCUUCCCGUAGAAACUAUUCAAAUUACAUGCCAAAUCACAACCUACCUAACAUGAGGGUUAUGCCUGAAGAUGGAGUGUCAAUGCUAGAAAUUCCUGGCUACUAUAAUGACAUGGGGGAGUCUGGUGAUCAGCACAGAGAUAUGCGCAUGGAUAUAGAUCACAUGUCCUACGAGGAGCUUCUUGCAUUGGGUGAGCACAUUGGCAGUGUAACGACUGGGUUGUCAGAAGAAAUGAUUACGAGGCACUUGAAAACAAAACCAUUCAGCUCAUCAAAAGCUUUAUCUAUGUCUAAGGCUACAGAAUGCUUGGAUAAAAAUAUGGAUUUAUGUGUCAUAUGCCAGAACGAUUACAAGGACCAAGAGAAUAUUGGAACGGUCGAGUGUGGGCAUGCAUAUCAUGUACAUUGCAUAAAGAAGUGGCUGAUUGUGAAGAAUAGUUGCCCCAUCUGCAAAUUAACAGCACUACCAAUGGAACCUAAGGAUCUAUGAAAUACUGUUAACAAAUGGUGGAACUUUUGUAUUUAAUGUAUUUAUUACAUCCUACCAGGAAACUUUUUUUAGUUGUUUUUUCCUUCAAAUUACACUAUAUCAACACUUUGUAUAUUAUACUUUUUGCCAUCUAGCAGGCAAAAGUUGUUUUUUGUAAACUACCAUUUUACCAGGCUAUAUUAGCGUCUCACCUGGAACAGUAAUACCACUGGAUUUUUGUUUUUAAUAGCUGUAUGGAAACAGUGUAAAUUUAAUCAACAUAGUAGGGACUUCCCAUCAUAUUUGUCCGACCAGUUGCCUUCUUGUUAACUGUAUAGUGCAGAAAGGAGGGGUAGUACUGUAGGUUUAGUACUCCCAAUUUAUAU